AUGUCGACACAAAAUCAGAACGAACCUUUCUAUCUUCGCUACUACUCAGGUCACUCUGGGCGGUUCGGACAUGAAUUCUUAGAAUUCGAUUUCCGCACCCUUGGUGAUGGUCGCAGUGCCGCCGUGCGGUACGCAAACAACUCCAACUACCGCAAUGACUCCCUUAUCCGCAAAGAAAUGUGCGUGAGCUCGUCGAUGAUUCAGGAGAUCAAGCGGAUUAUUAGGGAGAGCGAGAUCAUCAAAGAGGACGAUUCCAAGUGGCCCCAGAAGAACAAGGACGGACGACAGGAACUCGAAAUCAGACUUGGAAAUGAACAUAUCUCCUUUGAAACCGCGAAAAUCGGUUCGCUGGUGGAUGUGACCGAGUCCGCAGACCCAGAAGGUCUUCGGGUUUUUUACUACCUUGUCCAGGAUCUCAAAGCUUUCAUUUUCUCUCUUAUUUCUCUUCAUUUCAAGAUCAAGCCUAUCUAA